UCAGACUGUUUAGAACAAUUUAAACGGGUUUCAGCGGGUGUUGAAAUCAAAUUGGAGGAAAGACUGACUAUUAUGUUGUGCAGAGAAUGAUAAUGGUGGAUUAUACGAUUUAAUACUUUUGUGAACAUUCUCGAAGUCAUCUGCAAUGUAGAGUGAACUGCUAUGUCAGCGAAUCGGAUUGUAUUUUGUCGAACCCGGAAGAGUGUUAUGGUAGCGACUAUGAGCUCUGUACUGUCCUCAACACGCAACCUGCUGCAGAUGUUCGAUGUGAAGAUACAAGCGUUUGCCAAUGAAAUUGAAAAUGACCACAUGGUGUGGCUGUUUGAGAUCCAGCACGAAGCCAACCGCAUAUUCUCAAGUGACUUUAGUGCAGAACCGGAAUUGAUGCCAAAGACUCCAUCACAGAAGAAGCGCAACUGUAGGAAACGUCUAGCUGUGGGUCAGAAUGAAAAUCGCAACAAGAGACGCUUCUCCAAGGGCAAACGCAGCAACCUGCGUCGCUCCUCCGUGUCCACCUCCCUGAACCUGAUAGCAGAGGAUGAGGGAGGGUCCCCAGUCACAAGGGAAGAGCUGUUCAAAACCUCACGCGCUCGCAGAACCAAACAGACCACCCAGCCUGAGGUGGCAUCACCUGUACGCAGCACCCACAAAGGAGCUGCUCAGACCUCCUCCUUCCAGCUGGAGGAGGCACACCAGCAGGUGUCUCGCUCCAUCCGCCAAAUCCUGGAGGAGAAUAUGGAGGAGGAGGCUGAGAGUAAGAGGGGGGAGUCCAGCUCAGACUCCUUCCAGCCCCCAUGUUUCCCACCCCGUCGCCCCCCACCCCGUCUCCCUCCUCCCCAAAGCCACAUAACUAAGGCCGUAGUUAAGAUCUCAGCCGCCGAGCGACAGUCUGCAGAGCUCCAGAUGAACCGCAACGCAGAGCGCUCUCCAGGCCGUGCCGCCAUUAAGAUAGUGCGUGGCAGCAGCAAUGACUUUGGCCCCAGACGGAGCUCCGUGAGACACUCCCUGACUGUGCGGCUCUCCCUGGCAGGGCUGAGAAACAGCAUGACCCAGGAGUCUGUCCGUAGGGCCUCCAGGAGAUCCUUCCUGAAGAAGAAGGCUCGGCUGGGCAGCUCCACCUGCAGCAGUAACGUCAGCGGGCUUGAUGGCAGCGGUAAGAAGCCACCAUCAAGUCUGGGUCCUCGUCUCAGUACCAAGCGCAGAGUAGCAGCAGAAGCUAAAGAGGACUUCCAGACCCCCGGGAAGAAGCCUUCACCCCUCAAGAAGAGCCAGAGUGUGAGGCCCAACGUGAGGUCGUUCCUCCACACGGUCCAGAAGAACCAGAUGAUGCCGAUGAUCCCUGGCUCUCUGGGACGCAGCACGGUCAUGAAGUCCUUCAUUAAACACACAACGCCGGACAGAGUCGACCUCAAGUCGGGCAGUGGUCUCGUGGAAAGAGAACGCCUGAAACUGGAAGCACUGAAGAAGAAGCAAGAGCAAGAAGAGGAGAGGAGGAAGAAGAUGGAGGAAGAGAAGAGGAGAAAACAGGAGGAGAUGAAGAGGGAGGAACGGCUGCGGAGGGUAGUCGAGGCCCGGGGGAAGGAAGAACAGAAAGAUAAGAAGAUUCUCCAGAUUGAGAAACACCACACACUGCAAGUGGAGCACAUGGCAGAGGAGAAGGUGGCCGCCAAACGGCAGGACGAGCUGGAACUGAGGAAGAGGAGGAGGAGGAAGAUUCAACAAGCUGAGGAGAAGAAGCGUCACCAGGAGCUGCAGGCUAAGAGGAGAGCAGAAGAGGAGCAGGAGAGGACUCUCAAGAUGGCUGAGGCCCGACUAGCAAUGGAGAAAGAACAGGAGAGGACUCGCAAGAUGGCUGAGGCCCGACUAGCAAUGGAGGAAGAACAGGAGAGGACUCGCAAGAUGGCUGAGGCCCGACUAGCAAUGGAGGAAGAACAGGAGAGGACUCGCAAGAUGGCUGAGGCCCGACUAGCAAUGGAGAAAGAACAGGAGAGGACUCGCAAGAUGGCUGAGGCCCGACUAGCAAUGGAGGAAGAACAGGAGAGGACUCGCAAGAUGGCUGAGGCCCGACUAGCAAUGGAGAAAGAACAGAAGAGGACUCACAAGAUGGCUGAGGCCCGACUAGCAAUGGAGGAAGAACAGGAGAGAGAGAGAAGAGAUGCUGCUGAAAGGGAUCGAGUAAAGAGGGAACAGACCUUUGCUCUUCAGAGAGAAGUGGACAGAGCUGCCAGAGAGAGGGAGAGGAAAGAGUUGAGUGAGAAGGGGGAGCAGGAGGAGAGGAGGAGGAGGGAGGAACAGCAGAGGCAAGCGGAGGGGGAGAGACACAGAGAAGCAGCCAGACAGACAGAAACGGACGCUGCCAAGAGUCACCUGACUGCUGAAGUUCAGACGCCCGUAGGGAAGGGAGGAUUAAUCAACGUCACUGCAGAUAUCAAGCAGACUCCCCAGUCGUAUGAGAUCAGUCCUAAGGGGGGCGACAAACCCGUUGUUCUCAACACCAACCCCGAGGACUAUGGGAUGGAUCAGAACAGUGAGGACUCUACUGAUGAUGAGUCGGCACCAAGGAAACCCAUUCCCAAAUGGGCCAAGGGCGACCAGCUGAAACAGUCCAUGAAGAGGCAAUAUUUCAACCCAACGGACGUGGACUGUCACUAUGGAGAGAUCGAACCUCCAAUGUUGAACCACAUCUUCUACAAGAACAAACCUCGCUACCUCAAACGUACCAGUUCCGUUAUCUGGUACUCUCCUCCUAAAAUGGAGGCUCUGCCCAUUUAAACACUGGGAACUGGGAUAGAAGGGGUUUUAUAUUGUGUUUUUGGUACAUUUUGUUCUUUUGCCUGCGUUAUAUUAUAGAACCCUCUGGUUGACGGACACCUGAAGUGACUGCAGAUAAGUGCAAGAAAUGUAGCAAACCAUUUUAUAUAUAUAUAUAUAUAUAUAUAUCUAUAUAUAUAUAUUUUUUAAAUAAAUGUUGUAUACAUUUCAAAACUUCUCUUGAAUAAAAUGAGUAGAACAUG